UAACACGAGUUUCUGAUCCGGAUCCUCCAAAACCUGUUAUCGAACGACAGUACGCAGAUGCUUUGGUCGGAGGUGCGAUCCCUGUUGAUCGUGCAGCAGAAGCCGCCAUUAAGGGAGCUAAAGCAGGGAUUGUUUUCUUAGAGCCUCGCCUACGUCCGGACAGCUGGCCACGCUUGACUGGAUUCGAAUUUAUCGAGUACAAGUUGAUGCUACAGAAACUUGAAGUUGCUGCCUCAUCAGCUGCGAUAUCUGCUGUAUAUUCUCUCGCAGCUCUACAUGCAAGGAUUAAAGAGGAGAAUUCUGUAGAUGAGUUGGUUUUACUGGAUGUUCGCUUAACAGCUCUCGUGGUUUCUAUCACGGUGCGACAAGCCUGUCUAGGAGCAUUCACAGAAAUGCAAGCACCGGCAGCUAAUGUCAACAGAUGGUCAGGUUUACUCGUUCCCAUUCUAGCCGCGUGCCUUCCUACCGCUUCCGCUGCCUAUCCUCACCUUUUGAACACACCACAUUGGACUGUGUUAGUCUUCUACAGCAUGCUUCUGGUACUGAUUAUUACCCUGAUUGUUGGCGUGGCUGCAGUAGCACCUUUCCACUGGAAGUGCAGCCCAGAAGCAAUUAGUCGUCAUGCUACAUUUCUAUCUUUCUUAUGGAUAAUAGUUUUGGGAACAUUGGUUGUGUGUACCUUGUUACCCACCUGGCCUCUCCGUGCUGGCGCUGUCGCGAUUGGAUUUGUAGCUGUCGCUAUUUUGGCUGUCCUCUGGUUGUAUAGCGGGCAGCGCACUAUAGGUGAUUCUGUUCAUGAGUGAUUACCAUUUUGCUCGCAUUGAGAAGUUUACGGUAGCAUUGUAGAUAUUUAGGGAAGACAUAGCAUAUCCGAACGUAUUCUGAUAUGUGGAUCUAUCAAUAGGUAUUGCAUAAUGGACAAAAUAGACUAUUAUAUUUGUUCAUGAUUUUUGGAUGUAUUUCUCGUA